AUGCAGCCAAGGCGAGCCCUCAGGCACCAGUUGAGAGGGCGGCAGGAGAGGGGGGGGGAGGGGGAGAGGGGAGCAGCGGGAGGGGGAGCAGGGGAGGAGGGGGAGGACGUGGGGCAGCGGCUGCUGCAGGCCAUGGGGCCUCUGCUGCACCGCCUGUCUGCUGCCAUGCACGGCCGCCAGGGGCAGCAGGGGCAGCAGCAGCAGGGAGAGGUGGCAGGAGGAGGAGGUGAAGCAGAGCAGGCGCAAGGGGCGGUUGGGGCAGCGGAGAAGGAAGGCGAUGCGAUGGAGUGUGACGGGAAGGAGGAGGGUGGUACGGAGGGGGGGGAUGAGCGAGGAGAGGUGCCUGCUUGGAGCCCGCCUCCCCCUCCUCCUGCUGCACCUCCCCCUGCCUCCCCCCAACCUUCCUUCCCACCUGGAGCGCCACACACAUUUGGCCAGGUGGAUUCUCAGGUGAAAGCACAUGGAUGCCAUGACAGGGGCAGCAACUGCGGGAGCGAUAUCAGAGGUGGAAGCAGCAGGGGUGAAAGCAGCAGUAACAGGACAGAGCAGCACGUUGGGCAGGACGACAGGGGCCCACUCCCUGCCUACAGCCGUCCUCCUCCCCCGCCAAGCGCCCGCCCGUCACCCUCUCCCCCUGCUCCUGGCAAGAAUGCAGCGUCUUCGGAUACAGUGCAAGUGGCAGCUUCAAAUGCCACUCAGUCUCCCACUCCCCCAUCUGGCCCUUCGGCCCCGCUGGGUCUGGGAGGAGGCCUUGGCCUCACUUCUAAGCCAAAGAGCAGCAAGCCUUGUGGGAGUGCAGGGGGUGGAGAAGGGGGGGGCAUUGGGGCUGGUGCACUGGGGCUUGGAUUGGGGAUGGGGCUACCAGGCAUGAGCGGCGGGGGCGGGGGAGGGGGAAGGGGAGGAGGAGGGGGGAGGAGGCAAGCGCAGGGGAGAGGGGGUAGUGGGCGGGGGGCGAGUGGCGGAGCACCUGACCUGGGCGGCAUGUUUGAGGUGCUGGGGUCCCUGGGGAUGGGCGGGGGGGGAAUGGGCGCAGGUGGCAUGGGGGGAGCGGGGCUAGCUCAUGCACGGCUUUGCUGCUGGUGCUGGCGCCAUGGGGGGCUCUGGGGGGGCGCUGGGGGGAGGGGUGAGAAGGGCAGGCGCAGGGAGAGGUGGGGGGGGGGCGGGGGAGGUGGGGAGCUUGACCUGGGCGCGUUGCUGGGGGGAUUGGGGGGGAUUGGGGGAAUGGGGGGGAUGGGGGGUACGGGGGGGAUGAGUGGUGGUGGGGGGAGCUUUGGGGGGCAGCAAGGGGGGAUGGGUGGUGGUGGGCUUGACUUGGGGGCGCUGUUGGGAGGGUUGGGCGGACCGGGAGGGGGAAUGAUGGGUGGGGGCAUGGGAGGGGGCAUGGGUGGGGGCAUGGGAGGGGGCAUGGGAGGGGGUAUGGGGGGCAUGGGAGGGGGUAUGGGGGGCAUGGGUGUGGAGGGAGAGGAGUUGGAUUUUGGGCAGAUGAUGGCUGACGUCAUGCCCAUGGUGUCACAGAUGCUGGGUGGCAUGGGCUUGGGCGGCACAGGCAGCGGCUUGGGCGGCGGCAUGGGCACGAGUGGUGGGCGGAGGAGCACGGGGGGUGGCAGGCGAGUGGCGGAAGUAGAGGGGCAGGACGAGUGGAAGAACUCUCUCUCUCAGGAGGAAGCGGCAGAGUGGGCGGCAAUCAUGGAAGAGGACGAGAAGCGCCAGAGGGACAUGCCACGUCAGCGCCCGUUCAGCGAUGCGUACUGGCGCGGGCAGCGUGGCAAGCCACCCAUUCAUUACUUCCCCCCCCUCCCGCCCUGCAUCCCCUCCGUCCCCUCCUUUCCCUCCGUCCCCCCCCCUUUUCCCUCCGUCUCCCCCCUUCUGUUUUUCUUAAUCUGCUCACUCUUACGCCAUCACUGCCCUCCCCUGCCAACCGACCCUAUGCCUCUCCGUCCCUCUGUUUCCCACUUCCCCCACUCCCAGCACCAUCGCACUGACACGGCAGCACAGCUGUUGCAAACCGGCGCCCCUCCCUCUGCCGUGCUGGCUGCGGCCGCUAAAGCUGCUUCCACUGCCGCUGCCACUGCUGCUGCUGCUGCUGCUGGGGGGGGAGAGGAGGGGCGGCGAGGGGCUGGGAUGCGGGGAGCAAUGGAGAGGAAGGAGAGGCAGGAGCGAAUGAGACUCGCUGCUGAGGCUGUAGCGGCAGACGAGGCGGUUGUGGAGGUGAGGGAGAGGGAAUUGUGGAUGUGA